GAUCAAGGUCACAGAUGACAAGCUUGCCAGAAUCACAAGAAAACGUGACAGCCCUGCAACCCGUGAAAGAAGGGAGGGGGCCUUCCACAUUGCCGAUGAGCUUCAACAUUGUAGGCGAUUUCCAAACUAUGGCUAAACAAAUUUAAAAAUUUCGUCGAGCCCGGUGCAGUUGAAAAUGACGAUUUAUUUUGCUUGCUUGCCUCUUGCGUUUACAAGGACCAUAAACAAAUGUCCGUACAAGUUUCAGCUUCUUCAUGGGAUUCCAUUUUGCAAAAAAUGCCAGUCGGAGGGGAAAACCUACGACCUUAUGGCAACUAUAUGCCACAAAGAAGAGAGUCCUAAUAGCAGACAUUACAUUUGCUACGCGUUUAAGGACAAAGAAAAAAUCUGGUUUGAAUAUGAUGACAUACGUGUGAUCAAGGUCACAGAUGACAAGCUUGCCAGAAUCACAAGAAAAUGUGACAGCCCUGCAACCCGUGAAAGAAGGGAGGGGGCCUUCCACAUUGCCGAUGAGCUUCAACAUUGUAUGCGAUUUCCAAACUGUGGCUAAACAAAUUUAAAAAUUUCGUCGAGCCCGGUGCAGUUGAAAACGACGAUUUAUUUUGCUCGCUAGCCUCCUGCGUUUACAAGGACCAUAAACAAAUGUCCGUACAAGUUUCAGCUUCUUCAUGGGAUUUCAUUUUGCAAAAGUGUAAAAAGUGUAAUGCAGCCCGUGAUGGGAUAACAUUUUCCAAAAUUAUGCAGUUACCCGAGUUACUGUGUAUCAACCUCAAGAGGUUCAUGCCGGACUCAACAGAGAAAACUCAACAAGUUUCAUUCCCGUUCACUGAACUCGACAUGACACCAUAUGUUCAUUCUGAAUGCCAGUCGGAGGGGAAAACCUACGACCUUAUGGCAACUAUAUGCCACAAAGGAGAGAGUCCUCAUAGCGGACAUUACAUUUGCUACGCGUUUAAGGACAAAGAAAAAAUCUGGUUUGAAUAUGAUGAUGAACGUGUGACCAAGGUCACAGAUGACAAGGUUGCUUCAUGUGAAGCAUACCUACUGGUUUAUAGAAAACGUGACAGCCCUGCAACCCGUGAAAGAAGGGAGGGGGCCUUCCACAUUGCCGAUGAGCUUCAACAUUGUAUGCGAUUUCCAAACUAUGGCUAAACAAAUUUAAAAAUUUCGUCGAGCCCGGUGCAGUUGAAAAUGACGAUUUAUUUUGCUUGCUUGCCUCUUGCGUUUACAAGGACCAUAAACAAAUGUCCGUACAAGUUUCAGCUUCUUCAUGGGAUUCCAUUUUGCAAAAAAUGCCAGUCGGAGGGGAAAACCUACGACCUUAUGGCAACUAUAUGCCACAAAGGAGAGAGUCCUAAUAGCGGACAUCUGGUUUGAAUAUGAUGAUGAACGUGUGACCAAUGUCACAGAUGACAAGGUUGCUUCAUGUGAAGCAUACCUACUGGUUUAUAGAAAACGUGACAGCCCUGCAACCCGUGAAAAAAGGGAGUGGGCCUUGCACAUUGCCGAUGAUCUUCAACAUUGUAUGCGAUUUCCAAACUGUGGCUAAACAAAUCUAAAAAUUUCGUCGAGCCCGGUGCAGUUGAAAACGACGAUUUUGCUCGCUUGCCUCCUGCGUUUAAAAGGACCAUAAACAAAUGUCCGUACAAGUUUCAGCUUCUUCAUGGGAUUCCAUUUUGCAAAA